AUGGAUCAAGUGAUUCUGAUUACGGACAAUUUCAAGGUUUUCUUGGACAGUUUAGAUCUGAUACAGUUACUGUGCGUUGAAAUAACGGAAAAAGUUGCCGGAAAUGGGAAAGGAAUGUGCUGUGAAGAAGGAAGACGUAAGAUGAAGUGCAAUGAAAAUGAUGUUGGUUGUAAUACAAAUGAAAACAAUAAGGGUGGCAAUUCUGGGUUUAACGAGGACGUAUUUGACGACGAUGAGGAGUUCAGAUUUGAUUGCUGUGAUGAUUCUGAUGGAGCAACUUCUGAUGAUGAGGAUUUUAGCGUAUACGGAAGGCAAAUCGAAGACGAGUCUGAGAAACAAAAGUUACCUCUAAAAAGAAAAGGUUCGAGUAUGCCAACCAAGGACGUAAAAGAACUUGAACCGCAUGUUCAACUAGAACUAAAUUCACUUAAUUUAGUUGUCGGUCAAAGGUACGACUCUAAAGGUGCAUUAGAGACAAGAUUGAAAAUUUUAUCUGUUUUGAAAAAGUUUGAUUUCGUUGUUGAUAAAUCAACGCCAAGCCUUUUAGUUGUCAAGUGUUGGGUUGAAGAAUGUAGUUGGAGAGUCCGAGCUACACCCGUCGGAGAUUCUGCAUCAUUUUACGUUCGAGUAUAUAUUUCAGAACAUACAUGCUCUGUAAUGGAUAGAUCUUCUCGAUCACGAAAAGCAAGUCCUGACAUUCUUGCAGUUUUGUACAAGGAUUAUGUUGGUGGAAUUGAACCUACUGUUCUACCAAGUCAUGUAGCAAACUUGAUGAGCUUUCGUUUUGGAAUUCAGAUGAAGUAUUGGAAAGCUCAUCGCACAUUAAAAAUUGCUCGAGAUCUGGUUAGAGGAAGUCCCGAGAAAGGAUAUGAAACAUUACCUGCGUAUCUGUACAUGAUAAAAAGAGAUAAUCCUGGAACAUUUACCCGUCUUGAGGUUGAUGGUAGUGAAAGAUUCAAGUACCUCUUCAUUGCAUACGGUGCUAGCAUGUCAGGGUUUCCUUUCUUGAGAAAAGUAGUUGUUGUUGAUGGGACUUAUUUACAGGGUAAAUAUAAAGGGACGCUCCUCAUAGCAACGGCUCAAGAUGGCAAUUUUCAGAUUUUUCCAAUCGCAUUUGCAAUUGUUGACACAGAAAAUGAUAAUUCUUGGGAAUGGUUCUUCAGACAACUCAAUUCUGUGAUCCCGGAUGAUGAGAGACUUGCCAUUAUUUCUGAUAGACACAAAGCAAUUGGUAAUGCAAUUGGCAAGCGAUACAGAGGUGGUGAUGCAUUUGGGUUGGUUAAAAAAGCUGCAAACUGUUUCAGACUUUCCGAUUUUGAAACGAUAUUUGCGCAAAUUGGAGAGUUAAAUCCAGUAUUACAUAGUUAUCUUCUGCGAGCUGAUGUGAAGAUGUGGGCUCGGGUUCAUUUUCCCGGUGAUAGGUACAAUCUAACUACAACCAACAUUGCUGAAUCCAUCAACAAGUGCUAUCAAAGUCCAGGAGUUUACCAAUUGUAA